AUGUGCGACUCAUCAGAAAUCAUUUCUAUUGAUUUGGAUGAAGAUUCAUUUGAUUCAUCGCCACCAGCACCGAAAUUAAUCAAAAAGACAAUUCAUAAGAGAGCAGUAAAAUCUGAUGGAAAAAAGAAAGCUGAAAAACCAUCAGUAGGACCAGCUUCAGAAGAUCCAAUGGAUAUUUUCGUGGAUUUAGAGAAAGAAGGGAAAGAAAAUAGAGGAAAGCGAUUAAGCAUUGAAAAAAUAUACCAAAAAAAAUCACAACUUGAACAUAUCCUGCUACGACCGGAUACAUAUAUUGGUUCCGUGGAAUAUACCGAUCGAACUCCAAUGUGGGUAUACGAUUUGAAAACCGAUCGAAUAGUUCAACGUGAGAUCUCAUAUGUGCCAGGUUUGUACAAGAUAUUCGAUGAAAUAUUGGUGAAUGCUGCUGAUAACAAGCAACGAGAUCCGAAAAUGAAUCUUAUUAAAGUCAAUAUUAACAAGGAGGAAAAUGAAAUUAGCAUAUUUAACAAUGGCCGAGGUAUUCCAGUUGUGCUGCAUAAAAUUGAAAAAUUAUACGUUCCCGAACUUAUAUUUGGUACCCUACUUACUUCUUCAAAUUAUGACGACAGUGAGCGGAAAGUUACAGGUGGCCGGAAUGGUUAUGGUGCAAAACUUUGUAAUAUAUUUAGCAAAAAAUUCACCCUGGAAACUUCUUUUAAUGAGUAUGGAAAAGCUUUUAAACAGAAUCAUAUUUUUCUUAAAUUUUGGACAUGGAUCAAUAAUAUGUCAAAAGAUGAAGAACCAAAGAUAACGAGCAGUAGCAGAGAUGACUUUACGCGAGUAACUUUCAAGCCAGAUUUGGCGAAGUUUAAAAUGACGGAAUUGGAUGAUGAUAUUGUGGCACUAAUGUGUCGCAGGGCUUAUGAUAUUGCUGGUUCAACCAGUGGUGUAAAAGUCUUCCUUAACAACAAACAGAUUCCUGUGCAAGGCUUCAAGCAAUACGUUGAGCAAUACGUAAAGCACAAUGUUGACAGUAAUGGUGAUGCGUACAAGGUAGUCUAUGAGUCAGUUAGCCCGCGCUGGGAAGUGGCACUUACAAUUUCGGAUAAAGGCUUUCAGCAAAUCUCAUUUACAAACAGUAUCGCCACCACAAAGGGAGGUCGACAUGUUGAUUACGUUGUGGAUCAGAUUGUGAGCAAGUUAAUUGAUGUGAUUAAAAAGAAAAUUGGUAAAAGUGGCGGCAUUAAUGUAAAGCCAUUUCAGAUCAAGAAUCAUAUGUGGAUAUUUGUUAAUGCACUUAUCGAAAAUCCAACAUUUGAUUCUCAAACAAAAGAAACGAUGACGCUGCAAUCGAAAAGUUUUGGCUCAACAUGUGAGCUUUCGGAAAAAUUUAUUCAAGCAGCAUUGAAAUGCGGAAUAGUAGAAGCAAUUAUGGCAUGGGUACGAUUUAAACAGCAGGAAACAUUAGAUAAGAAGUGCUCGUCUAAAAAGACCAGCAAAUUAAAGGGUGUGCCAAAAUUGGAAGAUGCUAACGAUGCUGGUACGAAAAAUUCGGCGAAUUGUACGCUUAUUCUUACAGAAGGCGAUUCAGCGAAAUCGUUGGCUGUUUCAGGUCUUGGGGUUGUUGGGCGUGAUAAGUAUGGUGUUUUUCCCCUUCGGGGUAAAAUGCUUAACGUUCGGGAAGGCAAUCAUAAACAGAUAAUGGAAAAUGUCGAGGUGAAUGCCCUCCUUAAAAUUAUUGGUUUACAGUAUCGUUUAAAAUACGAUAAAGAUGAGGAUAUAAAAACUCUACGAUAUGGUAAAAUUAUGAUUAUGGCCGACCAGGACCAAGAUGGAUCACAUAUCAAAGGAUUGGUCAUCAAUUUUAUACAUUAUAACUGGCCAGCAUUAGUUAGACGAGGUUUUAUUCGGGAAUUCAUCACUCCAAUUGUCAAGGCAACAAAAGGCAAGGAAGAAAUUUCAUUUUUUUCAUUACCAGAAUACAGAGAAUGGCUUAAGAAUACAGAGAAUUGGAAAACAUAUCGUAUUAAAUACUACAAAGGUUUGGGUACUUCGACAUCGAAAGAAGCGAGGGAAUAUUUCAUGGACAUGCAAAAGCAUAGAAUAAAAUUCAAAUAUAAUGGCGAAGAGGAUGAUCAGGCACUGGAUAUGGCUUUUAGCAAGAAAAAGAUUGAAGAACGAAAAAUAUGGCUUACGAAUUGGAUGGCUGAACGAAGAAGUCGUCGACAAGAUGGUUUAACGGAAGAAUAUUUAUAUGAUAAAAACACCCAUGUUAUUUCCUUCAACGACUUCGUCAAUAAGGAACUUGUUCUGUUUUCGAAUUGUGACAAUGAAAGGUCGAUUCCAAGUUUGGUAGAUGGUUUGAAACCUGGACAACGAAAGGUUUUGUUCACAUGUUUUAAACGAGCUGAUAAAAAAGAAGUAAAAGUUGCUCAGUUAGCUGGUGCUGUGGGUGAAAUGUCUGCUUAUCAUCAUGGCGAGGCAUCGCUAAUGUCAACAAUUGUGAAUUUAGCGCAAGAUUUUGUUGGCUCAAACAACAUCAACCUUUUGCUGCCAAUCGGGCAGUUUGGUACGCGUUUGCAGGGUGGAAAAGAUAGUGCCAGUCCACGUUAUAUUUUCACUCAGCUCAAUCCUGUAACAAAAGCAUUAUUCCCAUCCAUUGAUGAAAAUGUUCUUCAUUUCUUGUUUGAAGAAAAUCAGAAGAUCGAACCCGAAUGGUACUGCCCAGUUAUUCCUACUGUAUUAGUAAAUGGUGCAGAAGGUAUCGGCACAGCUUGGUCUACAAAAGUACCAUGCUAUAAUCCUCGCGAAAUAGUGGAUAAUAUACGCGCCUUAAUCAAUGGCAAGGAGCCGAAACCUUUGACACCAUGGUAUAAACAUUUUCGUGGUACUAUCGAACAACUUGACAAUCAACGGUUUGUUUGUAAUGGGGAAGUAGCAGUUAUUAACAAUGAAACUAUUGAAAUAACUGAAUUACCAAUUCGUACUUGGACACAAAGUUACAAGGAAACAGUACUGGUACCCAUGAUGGAUGGAAGUGAUAAGCAACCGGCAGUCAUAACGGAUUUCAAAGAAUAUCAUACUGAUACAACUGUUAAAUUUGUUAUUAAAAUGAAUAGUGAUAAACUUCGAGCAUCUAAAGAAGAAGGUCUUCACAAAGUUUUUAAAUUGCAAUCUGUCAUCAACACUACUUCAAUGGUGCUUUUCGAUCCAUUUGGAUAUUUGCGACGGUUUGAAAAUGUUACAGAUAUAUGUAAAGAAUUUUUUGAAAUACGUAAGAAGAAAUACAUUGAGCGUAAAAGUUUUCAAGAAGGUCUAUUACGAGCACAGAGUGAGCGACUCUCAAAUCAAGCAAGAUUUAUUUUGACUAAAAUAAAAGGAGAAAUAUUGAUCGAGAACAAGCGAAAGGCUGCAAUUGUUGAACAAUUGAUAAAGAUGAACUUCAAGCCAGACCCCGUCAAGAAGUGGAAAGAGGAGAGGAAGAAGGAAGAGUUAAUGAUAUUGGGAGAAGUAGCACAAGAUGAAGACGACGAGAAACAAGAUGAAAAUGAAGAGGAUGCGCAGCAAAGUAAGGAGCUGGAUAGCAAAUUAAGUGAUUACGAUUAUUUGGUGGGUAUGGCAAUCCUAAAGCUUUCCGAAGAGGAAAAAGAUAAGUUGUUGAAGGAAAGUGAAACAAAACUUAACGAAUUAAAAUCGUUGGAAGAAAUGACAUGGGAGGAUUUAUGGAACAAUGAUUUGAAUUGUUUUCUUGCCGAACUCGAGAAACAGGAAGCAAAGGAACAGGCUGAUCUUGACAUACAGAUUAAAAAUGCAGUCAAAAAACUACAGUCUAAUGCUGGCGGCGUUAGCCGGAAAAAAGCCCCUAUUGGUUUAGUGAAGGAAGUGCUACCAGAUCCAUUUGCUGAGCGAGUGGUACCAAAAAUUGAUGCAGUGAAAGAAAAAUAUGAGCAGAAGAAAGCUUGUGAAGGUCGUAGUGAAAGACGCAAAAUGCUUGUGGUGAAAAAAUCAAAACGCGAAGGAAGUGAUGUGCGCAAAUUUUUUCAUGAAGGCGAAAAUGGUGAACAACCAAGUCAAUCAAAGGUGAAAGUUAAGCAAAGAAAGCUAAGUAAAGAAGAUGGUCAGUUAGAUGAAAAUGAUGUUAUUGAAGAGUUAUCCGUGUGCGAUAACAGUGAUGACAGUGUUAUCGCUUUACCAGACGAUAAAAAAAAAGAUACCAAUAAGAAAGAUGAUAUUGAAAAGGUACGACGUGUGCAGCGAAAAGUAGCUCCAGAAGAUAAAAAAAAUACCAGAAAGAAAGGUAAGCUAGAAAGGAUCGAGAAGAAAGCGAAGAAAGAACAGAGUUCUCCAGUGAUGCGUAUGGAGGAUUUCUUUGGAUCUAAAGUUGGAAAAAAGCAACAACAGCAACAAGACCAUUCUAGUGAAUUAAAUCCGAAAACUUCCGGUGAAGCAGGACCAUCAGGACAAAGAGAACUUCCUUUACGCCGAAGAGAUCGCAUAAAUUAUAAUGUUGAUGGUGAUGGUGGUAAUGAUGAUAGUGAGGAGGAAAAGAUGGAAGAUAACUGGCUUGUGGUUCCUAAGAAAAAACGUAAUAGGAAAGUGAUUGAAAGUGAUAGUGGUGAGGAUUAUGAAAUGAAGUUUAGUAGCGAUUAA